GCGCCUGCCUCAUCGGGCGCCGCCAUCUUGCCUGAUCGGCGGGCGGGGUUUGCCGUAAACCCCGCCGGUGCGGGGCUCGGGCGCUGCCCGCCGUGCACGGUACCGGGUAGGCGAUGCGUGCGGGCGGGGAAGCGCCGCACCAGGUGCUGGGCCGGCUGCGGUUCCUGCUGCAGUGCAGCGAGUGCUUCCGCCGCGCCCAGGCGCUGCCCGCCGCGCUCUGCUACGUGCCGCGGGAGGUGCAGUACAAGAUCUGCAAGGACCCCGCCGCCGCUCCCGCCGCCGCCGCCCGCAGCCUGCUCAGCGUCUGGGACAGCCCGGGGCCGGCGCGGGGCGGCAAGCGGGCGGCGCGGGCCACCAUCGAGGUGCGGAAGGGCGGCUGCCUCCGCGCCACCGGCGAGGAGUACUGCAACGGCGCCGGGCUCUGGGUCAAGCUCAGCAAGGAGCAGCUGGAGGAGUACACGGGCAGCCAUGACCUGGCUGAGGGCUGGAUCCUGGCACAGAGGUUUGGAGAGGGAGGUGAUAAAUUGGUGCCAGUGGAGUCUGUGCAGAAGAUCCAGUGGCAGCAUCAGGCACUCGGGAUUGAUUAUAAAUCUGCAGGCAGCUGGGAACAAGUGGUGGACCUGAUGUACUCCAUGCGCCUGGGAGAGAAGCCCGUACUCAUAGAGCAGGAUGAGGCUGCAGUGCACAAGUUUCGGUCCAUGCCCCCAGGUUGGAGCUAUGAGCGAGACAUGGAGCUGGGACGCUUCCUGUAUGAUCAGAGAGAGAGGCAGCAGCAGUGCGGGGACUGCAGCAAGGAGCAUCUCAUCAGCGUUGAGGUCUCCUCACAGACGGAGGACUGUGUCGCGGCCCACCUGACCGACAACCAGGCAUACACCUUCUGGGAGAGCAAUGGGGCCCCGGAGCAGCACUGGGUGCGGCUCAACAUGAAGAAAGGCAGCAUUGUCAAGAAGCUGUGUCUGAUGCUGGACGGGCAGGCCAAUUCCUAUGUACCCAGGCGAGUGGCUGUGUAUGGGGGGCAACUGAACAGGCUGCAGCACCUGAGAACUGUCCUAAUUAAUGAGAACAGCUACCAGAAUGUCUGCAUCCUCCGUGACAUGAAGACCCACCUGCCAGUGCUGGAGAUCCGCAUCCUGGAGUGCCGGGACCGAGGGUACAAUGUCCGCCUGCGAGGGAUUAAGAUCAAGUCCUUCUGGGAGUGGGACCUGAUCCUCAACACUGACAUGUUCCAGCCAGCCCAGCUGGUGCGCUACCCUCUCCUGGAAGGAGUGGACACCGACAUGCUGUACCGGCGGGCCGUGCUCAUUCAGAGGUUCGUCCAGCUCCUGGACAGUGUCCUGCAUUACCUGAUCCCCCUCUCUGAGGACAGCAUUGGUGCCUUCAGUGUACUCAGGAGCAUGAAGCCAUUCCUGCUGCUGUGCAAGCAGAGUACAGCCCUAAUCACCCACUGCCUCCAGUCCUCGGAAAGCAGCCCCCCUCAGACCACACCAAAGCUGUGCAUCAACCGGCACCUGGCCCGGGAGCACCGCGCCAAUCCUGUGCUGGACCCCAGCUGCAGGAACACGGUCUUCACCCAGCUGUAUGAAAGCCUUAGAUCUUCCAAGAACAAUCAGCCCCUGGACUACAGGUGGCCCUUGAGCUACAACCAGUGGUGGGAGUGCGAUUUCAUCACUGAGGGCAUCAUUGACAAUGGCGGUGGUUUUCGGGACAGCCUGUCGGACGUGUCAGAGGAGCUGUGUCCCAGCUCAGGCGAUGUCCCCGUUCCCCUUCCCUUCUUCGUGCGCACCUCCAACCAGGGUAACAGCAGCAGCAACGCUAGGGACAUGUAUGUCCCCAACCCCUCCUGCAAGGACUUCCCCAAGUAUGAGUGGAUCGGGCAGCUGAUGGGAGCAGCCCUGAGGAGCAAGGAGUUUCUGAUCCUGGCUCUCCCGGCACUGGUGUGGAAGCAGCUGGCAGGGGAGGAGGUCAACUGGAGCAAGGACUUUGCUUCUGUGGACUCAGAGCUGGUGAGGCUGUUAGAGAUGCUGGAGGAGGUGGAUAGAGAAGCCUUCGAGUUCAUGUUUGGCCGAGAGCUGACCUACACGACGGUGCUGAGUGACCAGCGCGUGGUGGAGCUGAUCCCCAAUGGCAGCAGCACCGUGGUGCGCUACGAGGACCGCAAGGAGUUCAUCCGCCUGGUGCAGAAGGCCCGGCUGGAGGAGAGCAAGGAGCAGAUCACAGCCAUGCGUGCUGGACUGCUCCGCGUGGUGCCCCAGCCUGUGCUGGACCUGCUCACCUGGCAGCAGCUGGAGAAGAAGAUCUGUGGGGAUCCCAACAUCACAGUGACUGAACUGCAGAGGUUCAUCGUAUUUGAGGACUUUCCUGCUGACGACACCCGUGUCCAGAACUUCUGGGAAGCACUCAACAACUUCACCAGUGAGGAUCUCAGCCGCUUCCUCAAGUUCGUCACUGGCCGGAGCCGCCUCCCAGUUCAGAUAACUGUCUACCCAGAAAGAACAGACUCGGAUGCAUUGGACCUGAUGCCACAGGCCUCCACGUGCUCCUGCACCUUCUUCUUGCCCCGCUAUUCCUCCAUGGAGUUCCAGGCUGUGGUGAUGGCGGCGGGAGGCGGUUCCCGCAUGACGGACCUGACCUCCAGCAUCCCGAAGCCGCUGCUCCCGGUGGGAAACCGGCCCCUGCUCUGGUACCCGCUGAACCUCCUGGAGCGCGCCGGCUUCGAAGAGGUCAUUGUGAUUACAAGGAAGGAAAUCCAAAAGAUGUUAAACUUGGACACAAAAAUGAAACUGGAUUUUGUGUGCAUCAGUGACAACAUGGACAUGGGUACAGCAGAUUCGCUGAGGCAUAUUCACCAGAAAAUUAAGACUGAUGUCUUGGUGUUGAGCUGCGAUCUGAUCACAGAUGUUGAUUUAUAUAAAGUUGUGGAUCUCUUUCGAACACAUGAUGCUACUCUUUCCAUGUUGAUGAAGAAAACUCACGAACCCACAGAAGUGGUACCAGGACAGAAAGGGAAAAAAAAGCCAGUGGAGCAGCGUGACUUCAUUGGAGUGGAUGACACAGGAAAAAGAUUGCUCUUCAUGGCUAAUGAAGCUGACUUGGAUGAAGAACUUGUCAUUAAAAGAUCCAUCCUUCAGAAGCACCCUAGAAUGCACAUAAGAACAGGGCUGAUGGAUGCCCAUCUCUACUGUCUGAAGAAAUACGUAGUAGACUUCCUUGUAGAAAACAGAACAAUCACAUCUCUCCGGAGUGAACUGAUCCCUCAUCUGGUUAGGAAACAGUUCUCUUCUCCUACAUCACUGCAGCAAGGACUAGACAACAAAGAGGACCAAAAGAAAAAAGAGCAAGCAUCUGUAGACAUUUAUAGUUUCAUAAAGGAAGAUAAUAGCUUGCUGAAACCUGCUCCAGAUAACUCUUGUUGGAAUGAUCACAGAGGAGAUAUGAAUGAAACUCUCCAUGAAGGAAAAGUGCGCUGCUACGUCCACAUAAUGAAAGAGGGACUGUGCUUCCGAGUGAAUACUCUUGGGUUGUACAUUGAAGCUAACAGACAGGUUCCCAAGCUAUUGCUUAAUCUGGGUCUGGAAGAGCCACUGGUUCAUGGGUCUGCACAGAUUACUGACAGAGGCAUGGUUGGACUGGACAGCAUCAUUGGGUCAUCCACACAAGUGGGGGAGAAGACAUCCAUUAAACACUCCAUCAUCGGCAGCAUGUGUACCAUAAAAGACAAAGUUAAGAUAACAAACUGCAUCAUCAUGAAUUCUGUUACAAUUGAGGAAGGGUGCUGUCUUCAGGGCAGUGUUAUUUGUCAUAACGCCGUGAUAGAGAAGGGUGCAGACAUCAAAGACUGUUUGAUUGGAAGCGAUCAGAAGCUGGAAACCAAAGCCAAACAUGUUAAUGAAGUCAUUGUGGGCACCGAACAGCUGAUGGAGAUAUAACCCUAGUAGGUUUUAAAGAUGAUUUUAUGGAAGCCAGCAGCAGAACCAGAUGUUCAAGCAUCGUAAGAUCAUCCGUACAGAUCAGUACUGGCACAGUUUACCCUAUCAUUGCUCCUUUCCUGUUCAGCUUUAUAUUUAUGUCUUAAUAAAGAAGUAUUUACAGA